UUAACUAUCAACUGUCACACAUGACAUACACAUGAAAAAUUGUCAAAAUAUACAAGUGACACGUAACUUCACGUAAUUAAAUUUCAUUUUCGCGACCUUCAAAUGUGUAAAUUAAUAAAAAUUCGCGUCCUUAACGUAUAAUAUUUUCAUGACAACAUGUCCGAUAAGAGUUUCGGUGAUCACACAAACAGGAACAUACUAAAAAACCCUCUUCUUUCGUCGGCUGUGACUGGUUUGUCUCUUGAAGAUUUGACACACAACGCUGUUUUGCUGCCUGUUGUUCAGAGCGAGGAGCUGAUCCGACGACAAGAUCAACAAACCGGGCCUCAAGUUGGUACCCUGGCGCACAACGAAUACGGCGUCACAAAUCUCCCAUCUGGGGACGCAAACUCCAAUACAAUAUUUCCAACAUUACCGCCAACAAUCAAUCCAAACACACUAGACAGUAAGCAAAAUGAUAAAUAUAAAGGUAGCUCGGCUAUGCCGAGUUUAUCAAAAGCUUCACAAAAAUCCGAAGAUGACUUUGACGUAAAUGAAUAUUUCGCGAGAUUACAAGGAAGUAGAUAUGUAAGCGCCCCAUUGAACAGUCUUCUCAAAGAAGACAAGAAUGCAAAUUUGGAAGCGACCGAAGAGAAUCUGGAAGAGAUCAAUUUGAAUGAACCAGAGAAAGUGCAGAAUGCGGAUAUUCAGCAGAGCUUGACAGCUGAUAUAGCGCAGAAUUUUUCACAGCUACCAACGGUUUUGCCUCAAAUGGCAAGCGCUGUUUUUAGCUCGUUUUCCAACAUGUUGAGUAUGAAAAGUCGAGAACAGACUCCUGAUGAGGUAAAGCCGGAUUCAGGAUAUCAGGAGGUACAGUUUCAAAGACCCGAAGAUAUCGGUGUGCCUUUAAUGGGUGUGGAUGAGAGAGUGAAAGAGGUAGCUCCGCCGCCGAAGGAGCCUCCUAUUUCUGGUACUACAAAUUACCGCAUCACAACAAAGAAGAAGGCAUACGCUCAAAUACCAGGAUUAAGUUCUCGUGAAAAUACUCAAAAUUUACCUUUGCAUCCCCCUAUGAACCAUUCUAGUAUACCGCCAUUCUUCACUCCACCUACUUCAACUAAUGUAUUAAAUGAAGGUUCGGGAUUGGAAACCGAUCCAAUUAGACCAAAGGAAGUUAAUUUAUUCAAUCCUGUACAUACUGAAACAAAUAACGAAGGAACCGCUACAGUCCAUUCAGUAGUAAACUAUAAUGAACCUAAUUUAUAUGCUAAUAAAGGUGACGAAAAUUUUGGAACUAUAGAAUAUCCAUCUAAUCAAACUGUACCGUUUUAUGGACAAGACGCUCAAACUGCAGCGAUCGCUCAACCAACUCCACCUAUAAUUCCGCCUCCUCCUAUGUUCUCUAAUGCACCUAGGAAAGAUAAUAAUACAGUAGGAAAAUCAGUCUUACCACCAUCAGUUGCAAGGCGGAUAUCUGCAAAUCAUCCAAUAAUUAAACCUACAAUGUCACAAGCUCCGGUUUUCGCAUCAAAUAUAUUUGUGCCCAAUUUAGAUCCUUCGACUACAGAUAAUUUGCAGAAUUUAUUUAAUUCUGGACACAGUCAGUCUCAAAAUAUAGUUUCGACUGUAUUCACACCGACGCUUGUAACAAAAUCGCAACCGACAAUUUGUAAUGUACCUGCAACUCCUUUAGUUGCUCCAGCUGUAACACAAGCGUCAGCUGUUCUUCAGAAUCAAAGCGAUUCACAAUCACUGGCAAUUUCUUCAGCAUCAGCACCUAAUGUACCAAGUGACAGUUUUAAUUUACAAUCAUCGACUUGGAAUAUAACAGCUCCGCCAACGAAUGUGUUAAAUAGUACCACAUCUAUUCAUCGAUCUAGUUUUAUUCAAGAGAACUCUGCUGAUGUAGUAAAUUUACCACCGUCAUCUACAAUUUUUUUCAACCCAGGACCAUCAAAUUCAUUACCACCUAUAAAUGUAUUUACACCGACUUCUGCAUUUAAUCCCCAAAAAACAUUAUCUUCAAGUGCUGAAGUACCACUACCAGCAAGUACAACUCCUAGUUACCCUGGUGAGGACCUCUUACAGUCCUCUACUCCAACAACGGAAUCCACCACUACAAAUAUUUGUCAAAAUUCUGCAUCUAAUAAUGUAUUAGCAUUGGAUCAGAACACUACAAAUUUGAUAAAAUCAAUUCCAUUGAAUACUCAAGAUAAUAUUUUACAGCCUUCAUCUUUUGCGCAAAACGUUCCAGUAGCUCCAUCUUUCUUUAAUCCUAGCACUGUGAAAACUGCUGAAAAUGAUUUAAUACAAAGUAAUCAAGAAAAUGUUAAACAUAUUAUCCCGCCUCCGGUGGCAGAUAUCCAUAAAUCGAUUGCUGAACCACCAAAAGCAAGUGGCAAUAUCAAUUAUAGAUUAAAUAAGAAACGGCCUCAAUAUUACGCCGGUCCAAUUGAAGGAGUUGGUUCAAUAAGUAAUAAUAUUAAACCCCUGCUACCUACAGUGGAACCGAGUAGUUUUCAAGGUGAUUUGUUUGUUCCUCAACAACCGAGCUUAGCACCGAUCGAACAAGAAUUAGUAGCACCUAAUAUUGAACAAGCUACUGUGCCAUUUGAUCUUAAUAAACAAGAAAAUACUAUGUACUCACAAUUUAAUGUACCUAAUACACAAAAAUUUGCGCCAGCUAAUGUGCAAUCUGAUUACAAUACAGCAUUCGAUUUAAGUAGACCAACCACAGAAAGAUACCAGGAACCACCACAGGAAUCUAAAGGGUUUGGUAUUAUUGGUUCUUUAAAAUCUAAACUUAGUUCUAUAGAUAUAAAUAAAAUCCAGAAUACUGUGACUACAUUCUUUGACCCUGCUUACAAUGAGGCUAAAAAAGAAGAAACAUUUAACCAAGAAAAUAUUUCUCAUGGCCAUCAGUCUAAUGCACAAGCAUCGUAUGGCUAUAACAACCAGGAAUUUGAAAUAUUUGUACCUAAUGAACAGCCUCCAAUACCUUCACAAAAUUACGAUUAUCAGAACAAUAUGUCUAAUUAUUUUGAUCACAUGCAGUAUUAUCCAGUUCAAGAUUCAUGUAAUUAUUAUCAGAAUCAAGAACAGACCAACUAUUAUACAAAUUUACAACAAAACUAUGUAACCAAUUAUGAUAAAGAUCCACAUACUUCAACUGUUGUGAAUACGGCAGAAGCACCUGUUAAAGAUAAUCUGCAUAAUGCCUAUUUUAAUGACACUAACACUACAUCGUUUGAAAGUAUAGACAAACAACCUAUCGGUUCAGUUACGUUACAUGAAAAAAGUGAAUACAUACCAAAUGCAAAUGUACCUGAGCAAGAAAUUGCUCAAAAUCCGAGUAAGAAUGAUAUUAGUUUGUCUGCUCAAAACUUUUUCAGUUUUAUACCACCAACAACACAGGAAAGUUCGCUAUAUAAAACAUCUGAUUCACAGCAGUCUGUUAAUUCGACAGUUUAUGAGAAUAAACCCGAAAAUGUAUUAAAUGUGACAGCACACCAAUUUUUUGAUAAUAAAUUACCAGUUACAGAAGAAACAGUAACAAAAGAAAAUGUCGAACCUCCAUUACAAGAAACUUCUCAAACUGAAGUUAAAGAUGAAAAUAUUCUUCCUCCAGCGAAUUUUUUCAGUUAUGAUUCUACAAGCAAAAAUAGUAAUGACGAUGUAUUAGAAAUUACAAAUAUACAAACUACUGUAAAUACAAGUGUAAGAUAUAAUAAUAGUACUAAACAAGUUGAAGAGAAAAAUGAUAUCUUAGCAAAAGAAGCAUUAUUAUUGUCUGCAAAAAAUCAUAUUCAAAUACCAGAGAAUACAUUUUCUAAUUUUAGAUUUGAUAUUGACAACAAAGAUAAAGAUCAAUUUCCGAUAAUUCAAAAUAAUCAGACAAUUAAUCAAGAAAAUGUAACAGAUAAUGCUGAAAUCGAAGCACCGGUAGAAUAUAGCACAAAUAAUAUCUCUGAUAAAUCUUUAGAAACUACGGAGCUCGAGUUUGCUUUGAAAAAUGUGUCUUUAAAUGAAAUACCGAAAAACGUGGAAACUGUAUCUAAUCGUGACACCAGUAUCAGUUCUUGUGAAAACAUCACAUGUAGAGAUAAACCGCUUCGUGGUAAUAGUCAGGAAAACGAUAGUGUAUCUGACUUUAAUAUAUGCGAAACAUGUAGAGAAGUUAAUAAACCAGAGGGUAAAGAAACGGAUGAUUUAACUUCACAGAUGAUAGAAAACAUCAUAGCACCUAUACAACUUCUGAAUCCUGUAGAGGUUCCAUUCACAGAAAGUAAUACUCCAGUUGACGAUCGGAUUGAUUUUGAUACAGAACAAUGUGUAGAAAUAUCUAAUAUAACUGAAGAAACCAUUGAAGCUCUUCAAGUACAAUCGGCGGCAAAACUUUUAGAUAAUGAAUCUGGGGAUAAUAUUUCUACCAGAGGCUAUGGAUGGUGUACAGACAAUACAAUGCCUACUUCGAAAGAUUUAAUAGAACACAAUUACGCUUUCCAAAUGGAUCCAAAUUCAAUUGGCUUUUACGGUGGAAAUUCUUUAUUUUUUGAUAAUAUUCCCAAUAACGCUAGUGAUGAAAUAAAAGCCGAGUACAAAAAUUCGUAUGAAGAUACACCUGUAGUGCUACCCAGACAAAUGAGUGUACCAACAGCACCUCCCGCACCGAAUAAUGACUUUAAGUCCGAUGAAACUGGUGGUUUAGAUGUGCACUCUAUAGAACAGGAUGCAAAGAAAGAUUUUCCUCUCUUUGAAGAAUUUGUUAUAGAUCCCUCGGAAACUGAUGAUGAUAAAAUAGAAUAUAAAGAACGAGAAAGAAGCUCAGACGAUCCUGUUCCAGAAGUAGAUUCGUUUACUGACAGAGUAGAGAAAUUUAAAAAAAUGGAAGAAACUGCAGUUGAGGAAAAUGAUGACAUAUUUGAUGCGCAGAAGUCACAGAGAAUUGAUCUAAUUACUAUGAACAACCCUGUUAUUACAAUAGCCUCUUAUUUUGAUACUGGAAACUACGCUGCAGAAACUCAUUAUAGAAAUUCGAUUUCUUCUCCAUAUAAUCAGUUCCAAGUGGGUUCACCUAAUAUACCUAUGCGCAUUCCGCCUGGUUUUGAGGAUGAAUACAAGAGAAGACUAAGUGGCAUUUCUUCAGAAAACUUAUUUGUAAACACUAAGAACGAACCGUACAUUCCUGAUACUUCCACACAAAUACGUCCUCCAGAGAUACCAACUUAUAGUUCGAUUCACAGGCCUGAUGAAGAACUACCUGUAACGCAAGAAAAGGAAUCGCGCAAAUCGUCAUGUGCAUCAGAGAAACUAAUUCCUUUAGCUACUAUUUUUGGUGACAAUAUGGCUGUGAAGCAAACGGAAAACUUUCAAAAAAUAGAAUCUGCGGAUAGUCAAAGAUUAAACCUUUCCUCAGAAAUUCUUUCUUCAGAAAUAUUACCACCUCCCUCUACUGUAUGCGGAAUGAGUCAAGAACAACAUUUGCCAACGUUGGAACCCAAAACAGAAGAAAGUAAUGUAAAGUUAGAUACGCCAUUAUUUGGUGGCACUUCUUUGUCUACCGAAAUUCCUGAAACAUCACGUAGUUUUCCCGAAAUACCUUCACAAACAGCAGAAAAGAAGCAACCCGAGACAAAAAUGUUACCCGAUCCGGUUAGCUUUUUCUCCACUCCUGAGAAUCCUGUUAAUAAACAAGAAGACAAUGAUAACAGUUUUAACAGAUUAGCAAGUUAUUUUACGACCCCAACGAAUACCGAUCCAGCCAAGUCUUUUUUUGAGUUGAGCCAAAGUCAAAAUCAUUACAGACAUGCUUCAAAUGAAAGUAAACCGAGUUCAAUGGAAAAUAAUAGUUUUCAGCAAAGUAGUCAAUCUAAUUUAGAUCAGAAACAUAUCCAAAACAUUCCACAUGAUAAGUCCAUAAUAAAUCUAAUGAAGGAUUUGACGUCCUUUCAACACUUUGAAAAUGACCAAAUAGUCAGGAGAGUAAAUUAUUUCACAACGGAAUAUAGUAAUGUAAAUAUAAACGAAUUAAAAAUAGGCGAACCAAGCUAUAGUCAAAUUGUAGAUAAAGAAAUAGGUAAUAAAGUCACCGAUCUAGAAAAUAAAAAUGAUAAUAAAAGUAAAUUAGAGGAAAUGACAGAUGAUGAAUGUUUUCUUUCGAUGGUAAUGAAUUGUAAAUAUUGCUGUAACAAUUGGGCUUCAUUAGAUAAACGUUAUAAAGUUAGGAAAACAAUGGAUAGCGGAAAUACCGAGUCUAAACGAGAAAGUGAUAGUAAUAUGGAGCAGGACAAGCCUGGCGCUAGUCACAAAGACGUCACAGUGAUUUUUCAAAAUAACGAAGAGCGAAAUGAAGACGUUGCUGUUAUGACUGAGCAACGCUCCAGCGCGGAGUACACCCCAGUCAAACACCACUGGUUCUACCGUGUGGACACAGAGAAAAAGUCCACAUGGAAAGGAUUCUCCUUUGCGGACUCGAAGGCAUUGGAGGAAGCGUUUCAUAGCCCCAACCUGAACGAGAAUACCCUGGUGCCAACAGAUGGUGGUCGCUAUGACGUGAACAUCAUAGGUCGGCUCAGGGUAGCCGUCUAUUGGGCGGACAAACCGACAAAUGUCAGGAGGUGCAGUUGGUUCUACAAGGGUACAACGGACCCCAGAUAUGUGCCCUACACAGAAGCAGUCGCCGAAAAGCUCGAGGAGGAGUACCGCCACGGCAUGACAACUGGCGAAUGGCACAGGCGCCUGGUGCUGCCCAACAACGAGUCGGUGGUGAUGCACGGCCCCACCGUCAUGGUGCAUCUGCUGCAGAGUGCCACAGACAGCUUUAGCUCCACACCU